AUGGAUAGGGGCUCCUCAUGGAUAGAUGAGACUUUGCGUCAUACUUCUAAAGAACUUCUUAUAAAGCCAGCAUGGGUAGUGAAGCCACCCAAGCCAAAACAUAGGAUAACGAGAAAUAGUUGUAUGAGUUGCAAGAAGUUGAAAAUCAGAUGCAAUGAAGGAAUACCAAGGUGCGAGUAUUGUGCUGCUACAGGUAGAAUAUGUAAUUACGCAAACUCAGCAUCGUCAAAACAAAAGAAAGCAGUUCUUCAGAUGCAAAGCGCAGCUUUCUGUACUCCUUCAACAUUACUCAACUCAAACUGGCAAAGUGUUGGAAUUUCGAAAUUUACUUACAAAUUACUUCAUUUCUUUCAGAACCAUUGUGUUGACAUGCUUACGUUUGGAAUAAACAGGGAGCUAGAAAAGGUAUUGACUAUCGACGUACCAGGUCUUUGGCAGAAAUCAUCCCUUGUUCGGCAAGCCAUGCUUCUGUUUAGUGCACUAAAUUUGUGGCCCUUUUGUAAUUUGGAAGAUAACCUCUAUCAAGACUCACCUGAUGAUGAUGCUUUGCUAACAUUAUUGAACUCGAACACACAUGGUGACUUAAUGAAGAAAUUGAUCACAGGACCGUCUUCUUUAGAAAUGGGACCAAUAAAUUCAGAAAAUUAUAUCACAAUCCAUAAAUUUGAUAAAAUUAAAGACAUUAAUUACGAUAAUGAAAGUAUGUUGAAAGAUCGCAACUUGUUUUGUGCAACCACUGGCUACUUUAUGGAUAGCUUGCAGCAAUAUUCUACUGCUCUAUCUGAAGCCCUGAGUUUCUUAACAGCAUCGGAUAGCGAGGAAACGGGAUCCGUUCUUAGUCAAGAUGAAAUAUUAUUGAAAUCAGCUGAACUCAUGAUUUCGGGUGUACUCAUUCUUGCAUUCUUGAUCUUCCAUCCACAUAAAUUACUACCUUUGGUCAAUUUUGGUGAACUGGAAGAAGAGAUUGGUCAAACCGAUGUCAUGGCUAUUGCCAAGGGAAUUAUCUUCAUACAAAAAAAUGCACCAAACAUUCUAAGGGCAUCACCAUAUAAAAUAUUUUUAGCUCACGAUGAUGUAUUACCCUCAAUCUCAAGAGAGUAUCCUUUAAUUGAGAAAUUGAAAUCCAGGUUAGAUGAGUGGGUUGCUGCUAAUUUUCUUGGUAUUCUGGCAAACUCUGAAUCUUUAGAACUUUUAGAAUCAUUCCAAAAAUCGAUUUGCUUGAUAGAAGUGUGCUAUAAUGAAUGUAUAGAAAAGUGUUACCCACAUCGACUCUUCCGCUGUUUCAUUUCGAGCUCGCCCUACCUAGAAGCACCAGUCAGAAACAAGGAUAGAUUUGCGUUGAAAUUGGUAUUCUACUGUUCAUCGUUAUGCAUGAUAUGCAGAUUACAAUUAUUCGAUGGAUGUUCAGUGUGGUCAGAUUAUAUGAACUGGUACAGAGACUAUAACUUCAAAACAUAUGGUGGGUGGUUCAAUAGUGACGAUGAAUCCUUAUAUGAUUUAGUCUUUAGGAAUGACUCUGAAUUCCACUUGACUAAAUUCAGUAAUCUAAAAUUUCUUGAUUUGAAUGAUGUGGAAUCGUUUUUCGAAUUAAAUAGGUAA